GACUAGUUCAACAAUGGUUGGCAUUGAUUUGCUAUAUAAAGUGUAUAUGAUUAGUUUUCAAAAUAUCAAGACAGUAGUAAAAAACUUGAGGUGUUUAAAGGAGUAGAAAACGAAAACUUACAUCAGCAGCAGUCAUGUGGAGCUAUGGCGGAUCCCAGCUGGGGAUCCUGUUAGCUCUCUUCACCAUACUUGCUGCAUCUGCAAAUGCCUUCCCAUCACUGAAAUUUUGGGUCCCUGACUCCAAUUAUUCUCCACCACCUUCGUCCUACAGUUAUGAAUCACCUCCACCGUACAAAUAUGAAUCGCCACCUCCACCACCAUAUAAGUACAAGUCUCCACCACCACCCCCGUACAAAUACGAGUCUCCACCACCUCCGCCGUACAAGUACGAGUCGCCACCUCCACCACCGUACAAGUACGAGUCGCCUCCACCACCACCCCCGUACAAAUACGAGUCGCCUCCACCACCCCCAUACAAGUACAAGUCGCCACCUCCACCACCGUACAAGUACGAGUCGCCUCCACCCCCACCGUACAAGUACGAGUCGCCUCCACCACCCCCAUACAAGUACGAGUCUCCACCUCCGCCACCGUACAAGUACGAGUCGCCACCACCUCCCCCAUACAAGUACGAGUCGCCACCUCCGCCACCGUACAAGUACGAGUCACCUCCACCUCCACCAUACAAGUACGAGUCUCCACCUCCGCCACCGUACAAGUACGAGUCUCCACCUCCGCCACCGUACAAGUACGAGUCACCUCCACCUCCACCAUACAAGUACGAGUCGCCACCACCACCCCCAUACAAGUACGAGUCGCCACCACCGCCGCCCUACAAGUACGAGUCGCCACCACCGCCGCCCUACAAGUACGAGUCGCCUCCACCUCCGCCCUACAAGUACGAGUCGCCUCCACCUCCCCCUUACAAGUACGAGUCGCCUCCACCUCCGCCAUACAAAUACGAGUCGCCUCCACCACCCCCAUACAAGUACGAGUCGCCUCCACCACCCCCAUACAAGUACGAGUCGCCUCCACCACCCCCAUACAAAUACGAGUCGCCUCCGCCCCCACCCUACAAAUACGAGUCUCCACCGCCUCCACCCUACAAGUACGAGUCACCACCACCUCCACCAUACAAGUAUGAGUCGCCUCCACCCCCACCGUACAAAUACGAGUCACCUCCACCACCCCUAUACAAGUAUGAGUCCCCACCGCCUCCACCAUACAAGUACGAGUCCCCUCCACCACCGCCCUACAAGUAUGAGUCACCACCGCCAUCACCCUACAAAUAUGAAUCACCCCCACCCACACCUUAUAAAUAUGAAUCACCACAAUACAAGUAUGAGUCACCUCCAUCCCCUGGUUACAAAAAGUGAUCUCCACCAUCAUCACCUCAACAAAGGCGAGAGCCCCACAUCUACCACUAGCAUACUAUUAAACUUUUCAACUCCCUUCACCAGCAUCUCGAUUGUUAUAUCAGUAUUGGAUCACAUUUGAAGUAUCUUACUCCAAUAGUGGACCCUUGCUUCAACAAAAUUUGCAUCACAGACAAAAAAUAAAAAAGAGUUGCUUCAUGCAAAUAGUAACGCUCCACUCUUUAAAUGCAGUUUUAAAGAAUGUAUACUUUAUGCAAUGUUCUUGAACCUUAUGUUCUUGUACUUUAUAAUACAAAUAAAUAAGAUGCUUGAAUACUGUUAUCAUUGUAAA